AUGGAGAUGAAAAACUUGCUUGGCAAGCACAAGAUUGUGUCCGUCAACGGCAAGCCUGCACCGGCGGGUGUGACGGUGGAGUUCAAGGCCAGCGAGAACAGCGGAUCCGUUUACAUGCACGCGAAAGUGGCGAACAUCAUGAACGGCCCGUUGAAGCUCGCAAACCGCAAGCUCUCUGGUGCUCUUGUGUCAACGAUGAUGUUGGGCAGCGACGACCUGAUGAAUAUCGAGAACGCCCUCAGUCAGGGAUUCAUGGAGGGCAUGACAUACACGGUGAAGGACGGCGGCAAGUUGACGCUGCAGUCUAAAACACAUAUCAUCAUGCUUGUUCCUGCGUAG